CUCGGAUCGCUCCCCAGGAUUUCUUGCGCCCCUUUCUUACCCCUCUCGUUCUCGCCCGCCGCCACGCCCUCCCUCCUUUUUUUUAUCUCUCUCCCUCCCCUCUUGUCUCCCCUCGCGCGCGAGAGAGAGAGGCAGCGAACGAAGGAAGAGGCUUCGAAGAGAAGAAGAGAAGAGGAGAGAGUGAGAGAGAGGGAGCGGAGAUGGGAGGAGGCAACGGGCAGAAAUCGAAGAUGGCGCGCGAGAAGAACAUGGAGAAGAACAAGGCUCCCAAGGGGAGCCAGUUGGAGUCCAACAAGAAGGCCAUGACAAUCCAGUGCAAGGUAUGCAUGCAGACGUUCAUUUGUACCACAUCGGAAGUGAAAUGCCGAGAACAUGCUGAAGCAAAGCAUCCAAAAUCUGAUCUCAAUCAGUGUUUUCCCCACCUUAAGAAAUAGAGAGCUAUCAGGAAGCAUCAUCUCUAGUCAAAUUACAUUAGAUAUGGAUGUGUUCUAUAAUUUAGAGCAUGCAAACUUUAUCCCUUGUAGUAUUACCGUGUACUGCAUCUUUACGUUGUAGUCCAGUCUGCUGUGCUUUGGACUCUGAGAAAGUUGGUAUGCAUGCUUCCUGUCUAGCCCUUUGCUUGUUUUCCGGUUGCUGUUUGUGAUAGUUUAAUAUUUAUGUUGUUGCAGUUCCACGUAAAUUCUAUAGAAGGUGAAAAAGAUGACAGUAAUAAGGGCUUGCGAGGCAAUUGUGCCCUGCCAGGACAUCUUGGCUUAUGCUUCCACGUGUCACGCUGCAAUAACUAAAUAUGGGUUGAAAUAUCAGUUUGUUUUUUUUUUUUUUUUAAUGAGGUCUUGGUAAAAGAAAGAGAGCGUGAUGCUCGUAUGGGGAAAAAGGCAAAGCGAGCGCGAUGCCGCUGCUGUUUGAAUUUUACCUGCCGGUCGAUGAAGCGUGUCUCGCUAAGGUGAGAGACGCGACCCACCGGCAAGACUCGUUGCAUUUACCAGGAAACGGGACGCGUCACUCACGGAACAGCAAUAAAGGCGUGGGCUUGGGAGAAAUUAUUGGUUGGGAUCAUUCUACCGUCUAAAUUGUUGGAUGGUAAAUCUUUUUCUAUUCAAAAUAUCAGUGGUAGGUCUUGUUGAAUUUUUUUUAAUCAUAAUAAAUGUAAUGGUUUUUUAUUGGAUGGUUAAAAA